CAGAAAAAUGGGGGCGGAGUGAAAGCGUUAAGGGACGUUAUUCCUUACUGCAAAGAUUUGUGAUCUGUUACGCACCAAGGGUGUAAUUUAAAGAAUACAAGAAAUGGUGAAGGGCAAAAUCACGAAAUUGUCUGUCAGCGACGUUAGGUUUCCGACUUCUCUUGAACAGCAUGGGUCAGAUGCAAUGCACACAGAUCCGGAUUACUCCGUUGCUUAUGUUGUUAUCGAGACAGAAGGUGGCUUGAAGGGAUACGGACUUACUUUUACCUUGGGGAAGGGCACAGAAAUAGUUGUCUGUGCAGUGCAGGCCCUGUCUUCACUUGUGAUUGGGAAAGACUCAGAGGAGAUUGUGAAUGACUUCCGAAGUUUUUACAGACUGUUGACAAGUGAUGGCCAAAUGAGAUGGCUCGGCCCCGAGAAGGGAGUGGUCCAGCUGGCGGCGGCUGCGGUGCUCAAUGCCGUGUGGGAUCUCUGGGCCAGAGCAGAGGGCAAGCCACUUUGGAAGUUGCUGGUAGACAUGGACCCAGAAAAGCUCAUUUCCUGCAUAGACUUCCGAUAUAUCACUGAUGCUCUCACAGAGAAGGAGGCUUUAGAUAUUCUUCGGAAGGCUCGAGAUGGAAAAUGUAAGAGAGAGGAACACAUGCUGAAGGAGGGAUAUCCUGCAUACACCACCUCCUGUGCCUGGAUUGGUUACCCAGAUGAGCAGUUAAAACAGCUCUGUUCAAAAGCACUGAGUGAAGGGUGGACGAGGUUUAAGGUAAAAGUUGGAGCAGAUCUGAAUGAUGACAUUCGCCGGUGCCGUCUCCUGAGAGAGAUGAUAGGACCUGACAAAACUCUGAUGAUUGAUGCCAAUCAGCGAUGGGAUGUUGCAGAGGCAAUUGAGUGGGUCUCCAGACUGGUCGAGUUCAAACCUUUGUGGAUAGAGGAGCCUACUUCCCCUGAUGACAUCCUGGGCCAUGCGGCAAUUGCCAAGGCUCUGGCUCCCCUGGGAAUAGGUGUGGCAACUGGAGAACAAUGUCACAAUAGAGUGAUGUUCAAGCAGCUGCUGCAGUCGCAGGCUCUCCGGUUUGUUCAGAUUGACAGCUGCAGACUGGGCAGCGUCAAUGAAAAUCUGGCGGUGCUGCUGAUGGCCGAGAAAUUUCAAGUUCCUGUGUGUCCCCAUGCUGGUGGAGUUGGACUCUGUGAGCUUGUACAGCAUUUAAUACUUUUCGACUACAUUGCUGUAUCAGGAAGCCUGGAAAAUAGGAUGUGCGAGUACGUUGAUCAUCUUCAUGAACAUUUUACAAACCCUGUGGUGAUUAAAAAUGCCUCCUAUAUGCCACCAAAGAAUCCUGGAUAUUCCACAGAAAUGAAGGAUGACUCAGCGAAGAGACAUCAAUUUCCUGAUGGAGAGGUCUGGCGGGAGCUCCGUGCUAGUCGAAGGGUUCAGUAGACGGAAACUAGAGAUGAAGAAGCAGUUACUAACAAUACUUUGUUGCUUAUGAAGUGUACACAAUUUUUCUAAGAAUUUUCAAUCCAAACUAAAAAUGGAAGUGUCUUGUUUGAUCAAAUUGCCUCUAUAGAAUGUAUUGUCUGUCUGAUAGUCUCUUGAAUGCUAAAUUUGUAUUAACUCGCUUUCUAGCACCUUAGAUAAAAUAUGCUCUGAAUCAAACCAUGAACUAAGAUGUAUCCGUAUCAUUAUAUUUU